AUGUGUGAUAAAUUGAUUUUUGUUGGAAAUAUAUUAAAUCCAACACUUGAUAAUGUUAAAUGUAUAAAUGGAUAUAUAGUAAUCGAAAAUGGAAAGAUAACUUCAGUAGGAACAAACUUCGUAAAUGAAGAAAAUAAGCAAAUUUUCUUUAAAAAUGGAUACACUGUAAAACUUUUAGGUCGUAAUCAAUUUUUAAUACCAGGCUUUGUAGACUGCCAUACACAUGCACCUCAAUUUCCUAACCUCGGCAUCGGUCUUGACCGUCCCCUGCUUGAGUGGCUUGAUAAAUACACAUUUCCUUUAGAAAGUCAUUACAGUGACACCAAAUUUGCUGCACAUGUUUAUGAUCAAGUUGUUAGGAGAUUGAUCAACAAUGGAACAACAACAGCGUGUUAUUUUGGGUCUCUGCACUUAGAAGGUACAUUGGAACUUGUAAAAUGUGUUAUAAAACACAAUCAGAGGGCGCUAGUGGGCAAAGUGAGCAUGAAUGUGAAAAAUGAUGCAGGAUAUUACAAUGAUACAAGGGUAGAAUUAGAAGAAGUCAAGACAUUUGUUAAUAAAGUAUUAGAAUACAAGAACGAAUUGGUCGAACCAGUAAUCACUCCCAGAUUUGCUUUAAGCUGUGAUACAGAGCUAAUGAAGCAAUUAUCUAACAUAGCGAAAGAAAACUCCAUUCUAAUACAGAGUCACAUAGCAGAGAAUAAAAAGGAAAUAGAAUUUGUGCUUAAUAGUUUCUCUGAAUGUUCGAAUUAUGCUGAUGUUUAUGACCGCUGUGGCAUCUUCAAUAAUAAGUGCAUUAUGGCUCAUGGUGUACAUUUAACCGAUAGAGAGAUGUCGAUGUUUGCUCGUAAAGGCGCGUCCAUAGCUCACUGUCCCGCAUCGAACACCAGGCUUAGAUCAGGCCUCUGUCCUGUCAGGAAAUUGCUGGAUAGUGGAAUCAAAGUUGGACUCGGUACAGAUGUAUCCGGUGGAGAUAAUGCGAGUAUACUAGACGCGUUGCGUCGUACAAUGGACGUCUCCGAACAUCUAAACCUAAUGGGCACUAAAGAAUCACCAUUAAAUUGGGAAGAAGCUUUAUACUUAGCUACACUAGGUGGCGCCACAGCGCUACAUUUGAAUGAUAAAAUCGGAAGUUUUGAAGUAGGCAAGGACUUUGACGCUUUACUAAUAGAUCUGUAUUCGAAGGACAGUCCUAUAGACAAAUAUGAUUUUUCUGUUGCACAAGAAGAGGAGGCCAUAUUAGAACGCGUUCAAAGAUUCGUUUAUAUGGGCGACGACAGAAACAUUGUACAAGUUUAUAUUAAGGGUAAAAAAGUAAAGGAUAUUUUGUAAACAA